AUGCGUGGCACAACUACAAUGAAUAUUGGUGCUUGUAUUGGAUUUAAAGAAGCACUUGCUGCUAAUCGAUUUGGUAAUGGCAAUAAUGAUCGUUAUCCAUUAAAUCCAUUUAUUGGAAAGAAUUUUUUUGAGGGUGAAAAUUAUCGAGCAGCACUCGAACGUCUUGAUGAAGGCUAUGGAGUUGCAAUGGAUUUAAUUGAAUUGAUGCAAGAUUACCUUGAUAACGAACGCGAACAAAUUCGUAAUCUCGUUUCCUAUGGAGAUAAAUGGGUUGCACGAUUAAAACAACAAUCAACACUCGUAUCCUAUCAUACAACAAAACGUGCACAACUUGAUGCUGUUCGUUUAACUAAAGAAAUCGCUCGUGUUAAAGAAUCGAAUUGUAAUGAAAUACAAAAAGUCAUUGAGAAAUAUCAUAAUUAUGUUAAUGAAACAUAUAUAAGUGAACGUUUUCGUCCUGGUCGUAAACAUCGUCGUACACAAGAAUUUAAGAAAUUAUUUAAAACUGCACAUACAUCAUUACGUGAAGUAUCCGAUGAACUUGAAACAUUACGUACACAAGAAAAAAAAGCUCAAGAUGCUCUUCAUACAGCUGAAAGUGCAUGUGAAAUACUUGAAUUAGAUCCAACAACAACUGAAAAACAAUUAAUACGUGCAAAUGAAAAUCAAACGAAAAAACGAACAGUACUAAAUGAUAUUGAAGAUAAAAUUCUCGAUACGAAAGAAAAAUAUAAGGCUGCACAAAAAACUUAUCGUAAAAGAGCAACGGAAAUUUUUAAACAAUGUCAAUUUAUUGAAGAAGAACGUUUAGAUCAAAUACGUGAAACAUUAUUAGAUUUUAUACAAGCUAUGUAUACACAAAAAUAUGCAACGGAUUUAAAUCAAAUCUAUGAAAAUGUAUCAACAAAAAUUACAACACAUCAAAACUCAUUUGAUGAUCUUGUUUUUUGGGCGAAAUCUUAUGGCAUUGAAAAUAAAUUAACUAAAUCAUUAAAAUUUAAAAAAAAUGAUAGUGAUGAUGAAGAUGAAGAAGAAGCCGAAGAAGAAGAAGAAAAAGUAAUUGAAUCUCGAUCUACGAAAAAAUCGAUUCGUCAUGAAAUAGAAAAAAAUGAUAAGCAUUCAACAGUGAUAAACAAUAACGUCGAUAAUGAAGAACCAUUAGCAACUAAAACAAAACUAAAACGAACUAAAACUAUAGGAACUACUGAUAAGAAAAAUACGAAUGCAACUGAACCGUCCGUAAUGAAUAAUACUAUACUCAACCAAGUGUAA